GUAAUAAUAUUAUCUCCACUUUAUAGAUAAAAUUGAGGCAUGGAAAGAUUUCAUAGUUUGAGGUUUCACUGGUAGGAGGUGGUAGAACUAGUACUGGAAUAAGGCAGUUCAAUGCUAAAAUUCAUGUCCUUAAUCUUAAUGCCAGAAGCAUAAUUCUGACAUUGGCAAUCGAGACAAAACAGGCUUGGCACUGGUGUGCACACCUCUACUCCCAGAUACUCAGGAGGCUGAGACAGGACUGCAAGUUCAAGCGCAGCCUGAGAAAUUCAGUGAGAUCCUUUUUCAAACUUUUUAAAAAAGGGUUGAGGAUGUACCUCAAUGGCAGAGCAUUUGCCUAGCAUGGGUUCAACUACUUGGUACCACAAAAACCAAGUCAAAAGGGGAUCACUCAUUUCAUUGUAUGAGUAUGAGAGAGGUAUUUCAAGGAGAAGGUUGUUAGGGCUGGGCCAGUGUGGGGGAUGGGAGUUCUUUAUUCUAUGAUGCAAUGGUGACCUCAAAGUAAACUGCCACUAGAGCAAGGAAAAUGCAAUGGCUGUUUGAAGACUUGCUGAGAGCUACAGAAAAUAUGGGAUUCCUUUGGGACCUACUGACAUACGCUCUGGCCUGCAGCCACUGUGGCCACUGCUGCCUCCACAGUCCAGGGUAUUUGGUGAUACUAUUCUUGUUUGUGGUUUGGCAGAUUCAAAGAUGGCAACAGCGUGAAUCCUGGUACUCUGGGAACAUGAUGCAAGGCAAGGGUCUACCACUUCUGUAUGAUUUGACUUUCUUUGAUCACCUGUGGCAGAAAAAGUCAGAGGAGAAAGAGGGAAAAGAGGGGGAAGAAAAGGAAGACCAGUCAUCAUCUCUGGAUCCAGUGAAACUGUGCUCUCCUCCUAAAGAAGCUCCCAUUGGAGACCAAGACACCACAGCCCCACUCCAGCCAUCCUGUGGUUUUGAGAGCCUCCCUAAGGCCACAGGGACACAAAUUCCCACAGAGCAAAUAUUCCCACAGCCCUCAAGCCCCUUCAGAUCCUUCCCCACCUUUCAGAUCCCUACCAACUUACCUGUAAGAAACAAGAACGCAUCAGGGAGCUGCCUGCAGCAGAGAAAAGGCCAGCUUUUCUUCGGUCUCCCCUCUCAGCACACCCUCCAUCUUAAGUCCUUGCCUAUGGACUACAGUGGAGACCUAUCUGGUGGUGAGGCACACAAGCAGUGGCUUACACAGAAGAGAGAGGUUCUUCAGGUCUCUGAUGAUCAAGCCCUGUACCCACAGCCUUCACUCCAAGGAAUCAGAACCUCCAAGUGCUUAUCCUCAUCUGAGGCCUGCGGGGGAGAAUCAUGGGACCCCAGACUCCAUCAACAUAACCCAGAGUCACCCUCUACCUCCCCAUUAUAUGCCUCUAACCCUCUGGGAGUUCUGACUAGGUUUGAGGCCCCAUUGAGGACAAUGAAGCAAAAUAAGGACCCAAAAGGCUCUGAGCCAGCAAUGCCAGCUCCCAGCCCAACUCCAGCUUCUCUGCCAGAAAUCCAGAGAGUCAGUCCUAUAGGAGGCCUAUCUGGAUCCAAGACCCUCUGGGAAACCAUAGAGAAAAAGGAGGAUCCUCAGACCUCUGAGCCUCCAAUCCUGAACCCUUGCCAAACCAUAGUAACCAUGACAGAAUCUCAAAGAUCCAGUGCCCCAUCCAGUCUACCUGGAUAUGAAGCUCAGUGGGGAACCAUAGGACAUAAAGAGAGCCCUCAAGUUUCUGAACCUUCAAUUUCAGCCUCUUGCCAACCUCUAGCUUCUCUGCCAGAAUCUCCAAAAGUCAGCCCUGAAGAUUCUGCUCCUAAGAACUUCCAGGGAAACAUGGGAUACAGGGAGAACCCCCAGGUUAAAUCUCCAAUGCCAGUCCUCUUCUCUCCCCUAGACUCCCACUCAAAACUCCAAGAAAAGAAUCCCUCAGAAGAUUCAUUUGGAUAUGAACCCCAAUGGGGAUUCAGGACAAACCCAGGAAAUCCCCGUGCUGUUGAACUCCCAGCCUCGGACCUCAACCCAGAGCUCUGUGAAACCAGACCUGUGUGUGUCCCAUCAGGAUCUGAGACUCCAUGGAAGGAUGUACAGAGGAGAGAUCUUUGGGUCUCUGCUGACUCAGUAUCAUCUCCCAGCCUUCCUAGCCUUCCCUCAGCCUCUCUGCUGCAGUCUUUAGAAAUAGGCUCCCAGGGACUUCUGUCAGAGUCCAAAGCCUUGUGGGACACCAAGAGGCAAAAAAUGUACUUCUGGGUAUCUGACUCCUCAGAGCCUGCUCAGAUAACACCUCUAGCCUGCUCUGUAGAACCACAUAGAAUCACUACUGUGGGUGGCCUCCCUAGAGUAGAAACUAUAUGGAAAGUCACUGAGCAUUCAAAGAAUUCCUGGGCUUCUGAGACCCCGUGUCUGGCCCUCAGCCCACCCCCUGCUCUUGUAUGCAAACCUCUCGGGGUUAUCCCCAUGAGAGUUCUGUCUGAUGAAGCUACAUGUGAAGAUAUACAAAGAAAAAAGAACUCUGGGGCCUCUGAGCUCCCAACUCCUAGUUUAUUCCAAGACCUGCAUGGAGCAAGCCUCCUGGAUGUAUCUGACUCUGAGCCUUUUACAGGGGACAUGGAACAGAAAGAAAACUAUUGUGUCCCUGCAUCCUCAAUUUGGAGUCCCAGCUCACUUGCAAACUCUGUUUCUAAGUCUCACAUAAAUGAGUCUUUUGGAGACCAAAGCAAUUGUAAGCCUGCAGGGGAAGCAGUAGAGCAGAGCAAGAACUGCUGGGCCACCGAACUCCCAGCCUCCAGCUCACUCUCUGCUCCUCUACCAGAGGCACACACUGACCUUAAAUCUGUGUAUAAAAAUGUGCAACAAAAAGAGGUCCCCUGGGGCCCCAGCCCUGCAGUAGAUCCCCUACAUCCAAUAUCCUGGCCCCCUGUCCAAGUUGAAGCUCCCAAGAUUGAACCCACUCAGUGUGGCCUACAGAAAGGAGAAACGUUUGCAGGAGCUAAGGCAGAGGUCCCAUCUUCCCAUGGUCAGGCUGUCCCAGCGGUGCUCACCCACCCUAGGGUCCCUGCCUGGCAAUGGAGCAGGGAGUUGGAGAACAAACUGAAGAAACUGAAGCAGAACCCUGCUUUCACAUCCCCUGGCCCAAGUCAACCAUUUUGCAGCUCUGCUGCCCUGAGUCCCACUAAUCUAGACUCCUGGAAACUCUCUUCCUGGGCCCCACAGAAUCCCACCAACCUGCACCUCCACUCAUGUUGUCAUCCCCCAAAUGUUCAGAGCACAGCAUCUCAGCCUGUCCAGGACUCCCACUGUCAUCACUCCUUCUCUCUGGAGCCUCAGCCACCAGGUUCUCACCAGGAAGAGCAACGGUCUCAAAAAGAGGAGAGAAAAAAAGGGAAGAUGGUGGCCCGAAUCCCAUCCCAUGGGCCAGAUUUUCACAAAAAGGCUGCUGAGAACUUUUUAGACUUGGGAAAGGCCUCAAACACUGGGGUUCUGGCCUCAGGCAAGAGACAAAACAAGGCUUUGGCCCUAUCUUUGGCCAAAAUAAGAGAGAGUCCCAGAAAACUCAAAGCAGUAGAAUGUGGAAGAGGAAAUGCAAGACUGGGCUCAUCCACAGUUACAGGAAAGAGCCACCCUGAUCAGGCCUGGAGACUAGCAGAGGGCCCUGUAAGCAGACUUUCCCAAAGGUCUCAGCACAAGGGCCAGACCUCUCAACACACUGCGCUUCCUCAGCAGCUUCUCAACGUUGCUGGUCCUCGGGAUCACCAAAGGGCAGGGCUGGUGACUGGUGACAUACAGAACCCUCUGCACGGUAAGCACUAUAAGCACUGUCCGUGGGCCCACAUGGAGAGGCAUCUUCCAAUCCCUACAUCCCAGGCUCCCAUUACUAGGGGUCUCCAAAGGCUAUUAGCCAAAUUUUUAGGUACUCAUGGACCCCUGCCAACAAAAUCCAGUCAAUAGAGAAAACACCGGUAGCACUGGCACCCUGUAGCCCAUGACAUGAAGCCAAACCAGAUAGACAAUGGAAAGAUGAAAGAAAAGCAGAGAAAAUCCUAAUAAAUGACGUUAAUUUACACAAAUCUCACUCUUGUCUUCUGUGGAGCACAGGGUAGUGGAAUGUGAGUUCUCUAUUAGCUUCUGCUACAGCCACAUCCCCUCACGAUCAGAUCCUAGAAGUACAGAGCUCAGCAUUAUGCAAGCUUAACUUUCUUAAUGUUCCCCAUGUUAUUACUUUUUAACCAUUUCUUCUUAGGCCUGCUCUUUUUUACUCCAUGGGGUCAGUUCGCCUAUCCCCAAGGCUACGAAAACAAGAGCCUUUUAGCAGGUUUAGUAACAUCAGGAUUUUUCUUCUUUAAUUGCCUAUUCAUAGCCAUUACUCAUUUUUCUACUAGCUUUCUAAUACUGCUGUUAACAAUUACCACAAAAUAGCACAUAUUUUGUCAGAAGCUUGAUGUCUCACAGAUAUAAAAUCGAGGGGUUGGCAGGGCUGCAUUUUUUUUCUGUAGGCUCUAGCUAAGGUUCACCCUAGAGGCUACCCACAUUCCUUAGCUACUGGCCCCUUCAGAGCUAGCAAAGGGAAGGCAAGCUCCCACAUUGCAUUACUCUGGCCUCUUCUUUUAAGGACCUUUAUGAUUAGUGGAUACAGCUGGGUAAUCCACGACACACUUCCUAUCUUAAAGUCAGUCAGUGAACAACCUUAACUGUUCUUUGCCAUGUAAAACAAUAUAUUCAAAUCCCAGUGACUAGGAUAUAGACAUCUUGGGAGGUUGUUAUCCUGCCUUCCAGAGAUAUUAACUCAUGUUACAAAUACUUUCUCCCAAUCUGUAGCUUGUUUGUAGUAACAUUAUACCAAAGUUAAAGUUUGUAUGUUGUUACACAUUCCUUUUUUUUUUUUUUAAUUGAAGACAAGGCU